GGACAUUUUUCUGCUUUGCGAAUGAACUUACAGAUUAAUUUGCGGCGUACUCGUUUAAAUGUUUUAGCACCGUUCAAACCCUCCUCUUUGACACCUAUAAUCUCGGUUUUCGCAUUUGAUUACUGUGAAGUUCAAUUUUUCAAGGAAAUGACUUUGGGAUGAGGAGCGCUGCUCCACCCGGCUUCUCGCGCAGCAUAAGCAGAAAGCGCAACGCCGCACAGCUUUCAACAGCACCGGUACACUCGCUGUAUAUAUGUUUAAGGAGCUGGAAAAUUAACGCCAAAUGGUUUAUUGUACUACGUGUAAUAGUUAAUCUAGGUUAAAGUUAGUAGACAGCAAAACUAAAGGCAGUUUAACUUUCGUUGGCGAGGGCGAAGCGGGCCACAGAUUGGACACGCUGGGGGAACAUCCGGGGCGCUUUAGGACCCAGCGGGCAUCCAGCGUGAAGCUCACCCCAAGAACGUGGGAGCGCGUAAGGCGCACUGCUGGGCAUGGCGCAGAGCUCGGCUUUCAGACGGCGGUGUGCCCAGGCCUUUGUGAGCGGCUUCUUCGUGGCUGUCCCAGUGACCGUGACCGUCCUUGACCGGCUGGCUUACAUUGCCCGUGUGGAGGGCGCGUCCAUGCAGCCGUCCCUGAACCCCGAAGGACAGACGGCGUCUGAUGUGGUGUUGCUAAGCCGCUGGAGCGUUCGUGACUACCAGGUUCAGCGUGGGGACAUCGUGUCACUCCUGUCUCCAAAGAAUCCCCGACAGAAGAUCAUCAAGAGGGUGAUUGGCCUGGAGGGAGACCUUGUUAAGACGCGGGGAUAUAAAAACCGGUACGUGAAGGUGCCAGAUGGCCAUUUCUGGAUAGAGGGCGACCACCAUGGCCACAGCCUGGACAGCAACAGUUUUGGGCCGGUCUCACUGGGCCUCGUCCAUGGCCGUGCCUCCCACAUCAUCUGGCCGCCGCACCGCUGGCAGAGAAUCACGCCUUCGCUCCCAGGGGGCCGCGUACCACUGCUGCACCACGACAGACUGCCCCCCAGAGACCAGGAGGAUUAAGGGGGGCGGGACACGCCAGCUUCAUGCCACCUGUGGUGUUCGCAAAAGGCGUAAACAUCACCUAUUUUACCAGCCUUCAGCCAAUGUGUGUCUCUGGCUGUUACGCAUUAGCAUUUUAUAACGUAAAUAAAUUCUGUUAUGAUUAAUUUAAGAA